AUGCGCGUUUACCCAAUACGAUGCUGGUCUCCACUUCUCCACUCUCCACCUUUUGAAGUCUUUUCCGCCGAAAUGGGCGACAAGGUUAGGAAAGACCACAACAAAAAAGAAAGAGCUAUGAUAACUCAGGGACGUCAUCCAUGUGCAGACAAAAACCGCCAACCAAAAAGACGCGCACACGAGAGACGUAAAAACGAAUAUUAUCACCCAUCUUCUUGUCCGUCGGACUCAGAAGAACAAUUAUCAAUACGUAGGAGAGAGAACCGACAAGCAGUUGUGGAAACUUCUUACCAUGUAACAAGUGAUUCGGAAUCGGCUUCCGGUGACAAAUCUGGUAAUUCUGAGACCUCUGAUGACGAAUCUGGUAAUGCUGAUAGCGAAUCGACUUCUGACGAUCCCGAUUCGAUCUCUGACGAUAGUGAUUCCGAUUCCAAUUUUAUUCCAAAAUAUUAUUUUUCAAAAGACAAAAUGCCACACGAUCUUCGGGAGGCCUUGAGACUGGAAGUGAAAUGGCUAUUAAGCCAGUUCCCAGAUGAAGAUAAGCUUAACCUUAAUGAAACGUUUGAACAACAAUCGGACUACGUGAAUGAAAUUAUUGUACUGGCAAUUAUGGAAUCAUUAAAUAAAACGAUAUUUCCAGUCGCCAAUAAAGUUAAACAAAAAAAUAGGGCAAAAAUGAUUAAUCACUUACGAAGGGUAGGCGAUCCACUAAUUCGGAAAUUCAAUAACGAACACCUGCAGCCAGUCAUUAAUCAUAGUGCAUAUCACUCCCCCGAAAUUUCCGAAACGGAUGAAGAGAAUCCAUCCGGAAAAAGAAAAAUAGUGAUAAGAGAUUUCAAAUGGCGGUCGUCAACUUGUCGUAUGUUUUUACGAAAUUACAUAGAUCGGAAGAUUUCUGAAAAGUCGAAGGUUCCUAAGAAGAGAAAAUAUGUUUAUGAUAACGAAAAUUUUUAUGACAAGGAAGAAGAGAAACCCUGCAAUGCUCCUAAAUGGACUUGUACCAAAUAUAAAGUUCCAACAUGGAUGCCGAUAUUCCAGGAAAUCAGCUCCAACGUGAACGCUGAUAUUCCAGGAAUAUCAGUUCUGGCGAAUUCAGUUCCGGCGUGGAUACCGAAUCCCAAAGGCAAGGAUAUCGGUUCUGGUAUAGAUACAGAAUCCCAUUGGAAAACGGUUCCAACUUGGAUACUGAAUCCUAUUGGAAAUCAGUUUUUUUAUUUCUCUAGAAAAUUGGUUCUAGUGUGGAUACCGAUAUUCCAGGUUUCCCCUUCGAAUUUUAUCAGAUCAGAAGAAAAAACUGAGUCACAUGAAUGUUUGCCUUGUAUUGGUUUAUUUGGUGAUUCGUACACAAAUUAUGCUACUAGUACUCCAUCUGAUUAUAGUGGUAAAGAAAGGCCUGAAGUGGUUGGAAAGAGACUUUUUCCCGUAAAGUUUUCCCAUGAUGCUCUUUUUUUCCAUAAGAAACUUAAUAAAGAACAAAUUCAAGAAUUUAAUACUACAUUACAAGUAAUAUCUCUCUGGAAAAUAGAUCAAUUUGAAGGAGUAAUACGAAGUGUGAAGUGUACAGUUAUGACAACAAAUUUAUCGGAUUUAUGUGGUGAAUGUAUUGAUUUGAAAAAUAAUACUAGAUUAAAAGAUGCAAUAAAAUCUAUAAGUUUACCAAGUUUUAUUUGUUGGUUAAUAAUUGAAACUUAUUUCUUUUUUUGUAUAAAGAGACGGGCAAUACCAUUGACAUUCAAAUUUAUACCAAAAUUUUAUUUCAAUACCCGUUUGAUUGAUCUUAUAAAAAAUCAAAAUCUUAGAAGUCUUUGGACUUGUAUAAUUACCAAUAACAAUGAUUCUGCAAUGUGGGCUUCUUUAGCUCAAAUGGGAAUGAAUGGUUCUUUUAGUGGCGAAAAAACAUUUACAGAGUUGGCUUCUCUAAUGUUACAAAUUAAGAUAAAAGAGGAAGCGGGUAUAAGCAUGAAAGGCUUGCAAUAUUCUGAACACUUUACACAUUUCUUUAGUUUGUUAUCUGAAAGUAGUCGUGAAUAUGAAGUAUUUCGUAAAGCAUUAGAUGGAAUGUCUAUUCAAAGAAUUCAUCAAAUACAUGCCUCAAAUACAGAGUUAAUUACGGAUCCUAAUUUAGUCCUAGAUAAUGUGACAAAAUUUGCUUGCAUAACAAAAGAAUUAAAGUGGGAAGGGCCAAUUUUAUUAAUGACUGAUUAUACAAAGAUCUGUUCUAAAUUAGUUUAUUCUCAAAAACUUGGUUAUAUUACGGGAUCUACUUUACCUUCAAGUGAAGUAUCAGUUUCUGAUAUUAAUGAUAUACAUGAAAAAAUUUGUAAUAUUUAUGAAAAUAAUGCAUUUGCAACACAAGUUCAAGUUAUUGUUCUUAAGAUUCCAAUUGGAAAAAUACCUCUAAUGGUGAUUGCUAUCUUGCCUACAAAAGAUGAUAAAUCUGCAGAACAAAUUUUUAAUAUCCUCUAUUUUGCACACCAAAAUAACUUAAAUAUUCUUAGUAUAGGUGCUGAUGGUGCAAGAUCAGAAUUUAAUGCUCAAACAAAAAUUAUGAAUUCAUCGUCAACAUAUUUUACGUUUGAUGAUCCAUUUUACAAUGUACAUUUUAAAGUGCCAAUUAUACAUGGAAGACCGUUGCUGUAUCUACUAGCACAUCAAGAUACUUUAUUGAAAUGUAAUGUUCUUAAUAUUAAUAAACAAGAUGAUGUAUGGAAAGAUUACAUUCAAUGUUGUGGCAUGAUUCAUUCAUCAAAAUGGUAUAAUAUGCAACACAAAUACUAUCCUCACUACCCUUUAUUUUUAUGGGAACAUGUAACUGAGGCUUUUGAACACAUAUUUGGUAUAUUACGUCAAGUAAUAGCUGAUUUUAACUUUUAUGAAUUUUAUAAAAUUCAAAAACGUGUAAUGUAUCGAGAUAAAAUUUCAUGUGCUGGACUGAUUAAUACAUCAAGAGAUCGAACAUCAGUUAGAAGUUAUGUAUUUGAUAUUGAUGGUACUUCUCUUUUCCAUGAAACUAUUGAAUAUUUACGUACUUGGCCAUCUGAAGAUGACUUUAAAGAAGCAAUUCAUAUUGAAUAUAGUGAAGCAAUAUCAUUUGCAAAAUAUCUUCAAAUUGACAAUCGGACUGCACCUUCAAUGCAAAAACUUAUUCAUUGUGAUGAACAUUCAUCAGAUGAUCAAAAUAAUUUAGAAACGGUUGAUGAUGAUGAACAAUGUCAAAAUUUAGCCGAUGAUGAAUCAAACAUAAGAAAUGAAGAUGAAGUAACAAAUAUUUUGUUAGCAACUUUUUCUGAUUUACGUUACAUUCUUAAACAAAAACCAGUUCCUCAAAAGCAAUUUAAAAGGUUUGAUCCACUGUUUACACCUGAAAGAUUUGCACAACCUGAAACAUCUGAAACAACUGAAAAAUCUGGUUUAUUUAAUUUCAAUAAUGCUAAUCGAUUAAUUACUGAAUUAAUAAUUGAUUUAAAUGUUCGAAAAGAACGUUAG